UAACCCUCCUUCUGCUCAUCCGCCCAAACGCCCCACUUCAUCUUGCUCCCAGCCCCCCGUCAACCCCAUCCCAUCCGCUCUGCAGGUGGUACGCCGCGGGUCACUACUUUAUCCGCCGCUGCCGCCGACCAACUCCCCUACCAGGUCCUCCAUGCAAGAGUCCACAAGCAUAGCGCUCCUUGCCUUUGCUGCUCUUUCACAAACACAGCAUACUCUUGUGUGGGAGAUCGAGAGCAAGAGCUUGAAGCCAUGGUAGGUGUUGGGGACAUGAUUGCGAGUGCCGUGGUGAAGCAAGUCACUAGCAGGCUAAUCAAAAUCGCAGGGGAUGAGAUCGCUCUGCAGUGGAAGUUUAAAGGUGAUGUGGAUAAAAUGGUGGAUAAAAUGAAAGAUCUGGAGGCUGUGAUGCAUGAUGCUGACAAUAAGGUGAGCCAAGGAGGAGAUGUUGGAAAAAAAGUUGGGCGGUGGCUCUUGAAGUUAAAAUCCGUUGCCUACGACGUUGAGGACCUGCUGGACGACUUGGAUACUAAGAAUAACGAAGCAAAGCUCAAGGCAUUCUUUUCCUGGGACAAUCCAGCCUACCGGUGGAUAACCAGACCCCACAAUUUGCUGGAUGUGAGGAAGAGAAUAGAAGAAAUAGAAAAUUACGGCAGGGAGUUCAAACUGGUUCCUCAAGAGAAGGUAGAAAGAAGCAGAAAAAAUGAGAGUUUUGCACCCAGCAGCGAUAGAGGCACGUCAACUAGAAUGCAAGGGAGGAGUGUAGAGAAGGAUAAAUUAGUAAACCUGAUAUUGAGAAGUGAAGCUAAUGUGCAUAUCUCUAUCAUUCCAAUUGUGGGGCUUGGUGGUAUAGGGAAGACAACAUUGGCCCAAUCAGUUUUUGCAGACAAGAGGGUAGACAUCUUCGACGUCCGAGCCUGGGUUCAUGUAUCUGAAAAGUUUGAUUUACUCCAAAUUACGAGGGCCAUCAUCAAAAGCAUAGAUGCCAAUAUCAACCUUAACAACGAUACUUUGCAGUAUCUACAGGAUUGUCUUGAAGACAAACUUGCUGAUAAAAAGUACCUGAUUGUUUUGGAUGAUUUCUGGGAAGAAGGGGGAGAUAACCUGGAAAAGCUGAAGCUGAUGUUACAACAUGGCUCUAGUGGUAGCAGGAUUAUAGUUACUACACGUAACCAAACCGUAGUGAACAAAAUGAAGACUGGUGUUCUUGCACAUCAGAGGGUAAUUCUCCCUGUGCAGGAGUGUGACCAAAUCAAUUUGGGUUUUCUGUCAACAGAUGACUGCUGGGAAUUAAUAAAGAUAAGAGCAUUUAGGUCUGAUGAUGACCAGACUCACUUGGAAAAAAUCGGAUAUGAAAUAGCAAGUAAAUGUGGAGGUGUACCUCUAGUGGUAAAUGCAUUUGGGCAUGUAAUGUCAGAGAAUAGGUCCAACAAGGCAUGGCAAGAUAUAAAACUGAAGAUGGCUGAUGUGGGUUUCAGAGGCACAUGUCAAAAUGACACAUUAGAGUCCCUCAAGUUGAGCUAUUACUACAUGAAGCGGGAGUUCAAAAUUUGUUUUGCAUAUUUGGUGGCAUUUCCCAAGGGCUUCCUUAUAGACACCAACCGUCUGAUCCAGCAAUGGUAUGCUCUUGGAUACAUUUAUUCAGAACAUGAUGGUGAAAACUGCAUCAACUACCUUCUUGGGAUGUCCUUUCUUCAAAUUUCAGGACAUCCUACGGAUAUUCUAAGUCCAAUACGUGCCAAGGCUUGUCAGAAGCUUAUCAUGCAUGAUUUGGUACAUGAUCUUGCUUUAAUAAUUGCUGCUGAUGAAUUCCUUGUUCUCGAUGCUCGUGGUACUGGGCCAAGGAGUUGGAAAAAGGAAAUUCAUUGCCGACAUGCAGAGUUGAUACAGUACCAGAAUCAAUCCAAGGUUUUCGAUUGUCUGCCAAAAAAACUUAGAUCCCUCCACAUUAAAGAUUUGCAUGAAUGGCAACUUCCUCCAGAUGCAUUUUCUGGUUCCAAGUACAUGCGUGUCUUGGACCUAGCAUGUGCAGCACAGAAAAUAUCUCGAUCAAAAUACAUGCGUGUCUUGGACCUAGCAUGUUCUCGAUCAAAAUACAUGCGUGUCUUGGACCUAGCAUGUUCAGCACGGCAACUCUCUGAAGGGCAAUCUACGUUAAGCAACAUUAUGCUGCCACGUUCCAUCAAAAACCUGAAGCUACUUAGGUAUCUUGAUGCCACCGGAUUGCCGGUUUCUUCACUUCCUAAGUCUGUGUGUACACUUCAGAAUAUGGAAACUCUUAUUAUGUCCAACUGCUCACUUGAAACCUUGCCUGACAAUAUCUGUAGUCUCCACAAACUUCGUUAUAUGGACCUAUCGGGUAAUAGAAGCCUUGAUAAGCUACCUACCUCAUUGGGUAAGCUCUCUAAACUCUCUUUCCUCAACUUGUCUGGGUGUUCCGUCCUCCAAGUUUUGCCUGAAUCCAUCUGUGAGCUGGCAUGUUUAGAACACCUAGAUAUCUCAGAGUGUUGUGUCAUUCAAAAUCUCCCUGAUAAAUUUGGUAGCCUUCUACAACUCAUAUUUCUAGACUUGUCAGGGUGUGUCAUUCUCCAAGAGUUGCCUGAAUCCAUCUGGCAGCUGACAUGUUUACAACAGCUAGAUAUGUCACAGUGUUGUGCCAUUCAAAAUCUCCCUGAUAAAUUUGGUAGCCUUGUACAACUCAUAUUCCUAAACUUAUCAGGGUGUUUCAUGCUCCAAGAGUUGCCUGAAUCCAUCUGCCAGCUGACAUGUUUAGAACACCUAGAUAUGUCAGAGUGUCGUGCCAUUCCGAAACUCCCUCAUAAAUUUGGCACCCUUUUGAAACUCAUAUUCCUAAACUUGUCAGGUUGUUCCAAGAUAACCAAUCUACCUGACAAUCUUACACUUGAAUCUUUAGAGCAUAUGAACUUAUCAAAUUGCCAUGAGCUAGAAAACCUGCCAGAAGAUUUUGGCAACCUUCAAAGGCUUGGGUUCUUGAGCCUUUCUGAUUGCUACAAGGUUUCAUUGCUGCCAGAAUCAUUUUGCCAACUUAUUGAUCUGAAAUUCUUAGAUCUUUCUGACUGCCAUGAGCUCAUGGAGCUCCCUGAAUGUUUUGGUCACCUUUUUGAGCUUGACUCUUUGAACCUAACAAGUUGUUGCAAGCUGCAAGUACUGCCCGAGUCAUUUUGCAAGCUGUCUAAGCUGAGGUGUCUCAAUUUGUCAUACUGUAUGAGGCUUGUUAACCUCCCAACCUCAUUCGGUGACCUCAAGCUUCAAUCAUUGGACAUCUCUUCUACCAUGUAUCUCACUUUGUUGCCGGAUAACAUUGCUAACAUGGCAAGUCUCACUCAACUUGAGGCCAUGGGUGGACCAUCUGAAGUUGUGGACAGCGUUAAGGAAAUUAAAAAACAUCUCAUUUUUCCAGAAAUAAUAGAGCAUGAUGUACAUCAGAUAGAAAAUAAUGGAUAUUGCAGUAUAGUGGAACUUGCACAAUUGACUUGUUAUGAGAUGCGUGUUCAAAAACUUCAGAAUGUCAGUCAUCUAGACGCAGAGAGAGCAAAGUUGCGUGACAAAUCAGAUCUGAGAAAACUAACUCUUUGCUGGGGACCACAGGCAGGCGAGGGUAAAUCUGUGUUGGAGAAGCUUGUACCUCCCGGGACUCUUAAUUAUUUUUGUCUAAAGGGGUAUAUGAGCAAGGAUUUCCCUACAUGGAUGUCUCACAUAUCUUCCUACCUCCCUUCUAUAACCUAUCUCAAGCUUUCUGAUUUAGGAACAUGUGAUACUCUUCCUCCAUUUGGGCUUCUACCAAAUUUAAGAACCAUAUCUAUGGAGAAAAUGCCCAAAAUCAGCAAAAUGGGCAAGGAAUUCUUCGGGCUAGGCAGAACGUGUACAAAAUUAAGAUGUAUACACUUGAAUUCGAUGGAGAAUUUGGCUGAAUUGUGGACAACAAGGUCAGGUGAAGAAAACGGAGAGUUCUUGAUUCCGAAUUUGCACAAUUUGAGUGUUGAGAACUGCCCAAAAUUGAAGUUUCUACCAUAUCCGCCAAGAAGUAUCAUUUGGUACUUGGAAAAUAUUGAUGAGAUUAUUCCAGAAGGAGGAUUUGGGAAACUUUCAUCUUCUUCUGUUCCUUUUCAGAUGGAAAUACACAACUGUAAUUUUUCUGCGGACAAUUGGGAUAGACUUCAUCACAUCUCCACGCUUGAAUUAUUGACCGUUGGGUCCUGCAACGGCUUGAAGGCAUUGCCAGAGGUUAUUAGAUGCUUCACCUCACUCAAAGAGCUAACUUUGCAGUCAUUGAAUGAAUUGGAGUCACUACCGAAAUGGUUGGGGUGCCUCAUUUCCCUGCAACGUGUUUUCAUUAGGGAUUGUCCCAGCAUAACAUCUUUUCCAGAAAGCAUGAAGAACCUUACUGCUCUGGAAGUGUUAGAUCUUGAGGGUUGCAAAGGCUGUGACAUAUUGCCGGAAUGGAUAGGGCACCUCACUUCCCUACAAGAAAUUCGAAUCACCGACUUCUCCAACCUGACAUCUUUGCCAGAAAGCAUGAAGGACCUUACUUCUCUAACAAAACUUUCGAUCAACAAUUGUCCCAACCUGACAUCUUUGCCAGAAAGCAUGAAGGGCCUUACUUCUUUAACAGAGCUCUGGAUAGAGGAGUGCCAAGGACUAGCUGUGUUACCUGAAUGGCUGGGACAAUUCACUUCCCUACAAGAAUUUAACAUCAUUAAUUGCCCCAACUUGACAUCUUUGCCUCAAAGCAUACGCAACCUUCUGGUCUUGAAAGAACUCUACAUUUGGGGCUGUCCAAUUCUGGUCGAGAGGUGCCAGGGGGAAGAUGCUGACCUUAUUUCUCACAUCCCGGAAGUGACGUUACAUUAUGAACCAGAAGAAUGAGAGAGCUGGGGUCACUUGUGAAGAUGUGAUAGCUAAAGCAAAUAAACAGUGCGAAGUUAUCUGGAUUCCGGAGAAAUGAGUUAUGUUUGUGUGGCGGUGCGAGUAAAGCCUGAGGGUGGUGUAUUCCAGGCUAUUUAGAGUUCUCUGUAAUGUGAAUCUGGGGCUUUCCUAUCGGGCUUGACCUUGUAGCCAAAGCAAUGGGGAUUUCUUGGAGGCUGUUGCAGCAACCUACCAUGAGGCAACGGCGGAGAUACAGUUCAUCUGUAAUAGUUUAGGUCUGACCAUAUGGCAACAACAGCCGUGGAGAAGGCACGAACAGGCCCACAAUUUUUAAUUUCCACCUGUGAGUCUGUACAACGGAGUGCAAGGAGUAAGUACAAAGUUUCUGUUUCGUAGACAGAGAAAGUUUCAGAGCUAAACGGAGAUACGUGGACUCUGAAUAUUGGAAAGUGUACUGUGCGGAGGAGACGUUGAAAUGCCAUUUAGGACAAUGACUUGAAAUCAGGAAACGAGGAUCUCAAGAGGUUGGAGCCCUUCAAACUAUCAAGUUGAGGUGUUGCCGGGCUCUACUCCACUGCAAAGCCAAUCGGAGAUCCUAAUUGAGGAAACAAAGCAUAGAGCUUGACCCGGGCAACCAAUGUGGGAGGUUGCAGCAACAUUCAGUGCCCUUCUCCAGAUGGUAAGCACACCUCUCUUUCAGCCACGUUUUGCUGCACCUCCAAUGUACACCUCAGUUUUCUCUUUACGUCAGGUGCAUAGCACUAGCGUUAAUCUUGCCACAGUUUGGACAGCAUGCAAUCAGAAAUUGAGUCAUGACAGAAAGCGGAGGUGGAGAUGGGCCGAUAAGGAAUCCAGGAGAUGCAACAAAAUGAUCUGGACCUGGACUAACUCUGCCGGAUCGCUGAUGGUUUCUCUUGUAUUCUGAGUGUCAGGUUGGCUGCGGGUUGAUAGGCACGCUGAAGUAUUGCGCUGUUCUGAAUGUGUAUGUCUUGGGACUAGCCGCAGUGAGAAAUGAUGUAAAUGCACAAUGAAUCGUCGUGACGUUCCUUAUGAACUUCUAAUUCAUAUC